GACCAAUCACUGUCAGCCAUAUCCAUUGACAAACUUCUAAACGCAAAAGUUUUCAAGAUUUAUUGCUUUAUACUCCAUGAUUCAUACAUCGAGGGGUAAAUACAUGUUAUGCAAAUCCAAAGAUUCAGCAAUUUCGGUAUGACCAGGCGCCGGGGUUAAAUGGAAACAAGCUGAAGCAUCUAACCACACUGAUCCCGCAACAAGGGCGAUACUCGCGCAAAGUUGUGAAUAAUUUCCAAGACUGAACAUUUUGUUGAAUUUUCGAACCUACGCGAUCUCGCUACAUCAACAACGCUCAAAACACCGUGGGAUUGAAGCAACACCGAUAAUUGAAGCUCUGGAACAUUCGCAGAUUCUAUACAGGAUCUUAUACUUCGACUGUUUUGGGUUUUGGCCAUGGUUUGUGUUUUCCUUGCUGUGGUAUUUGCAAUAUGGAAUGCGAUGCUCGGAGGAAACGUAAAUGGGGGAAAUGUAUCCAGUGAACUAUCCACAACAACUCAUGGUACCACAUCAAGCAUUCGGUUGUCAGCAUUUGCUACCACGUCUGUUAGCAGCCUGCCAACAAAUGGCUUACAAACAUCUCAUACAAAUCAAGAAGCGGCAGCCAUAACAUCACCAUCCCCACAACCAUCAUCAUCAUCAUCUUUAUCACCAUCAUCAUUGUUUUCCUUGUCAGUAUCAUCUUUAUUAUUAUCAACAACACUAACACCAUCAGAAUCACCAUCUCUGUCAUUAUUACCAUCAUCGACAGUAUCAGCAUCAUUUUCAUCAUCAUCAUCUUUAUUAUCCUCAUUAUCAUCUCACAGCCCAUCAACGUCCACUAUAAUUAUUACGUCUUCUGCUACGACGCGUCAAGACAUACCAACACCAACCACGACUGCCACAUCAGCUGAUGCAUUAACAGAAGAGGCAAAAGCGACACCAAGUAUAGAAUUAACGGAAUCGAAGAGAGCUACGAAUAUUCUGGGUACGUCCAACACAAGUACCUCGACGUCAUCGGUGCCUCCGUCGUUAUUUUCACCGUCAUCUUUGUUGUCAUCAUUAUCAUCGCCUGCGUCAUCGUCAUCGACCUCACCUCCAUUAUCAUUAUCGUCAUCACCAUCGAUUUCAAAAAGUUCUCCUGUUGACGCAACAGUUUCGACAUCCAUGUCAAGUAGUUAUCCUGUUGACACAACAGUUGCGACAUCAAUGCCAAGUAGUUCUUUUGUUGACGCACAAGUCACGCCAUCAAUGUCAAGUAAUUAUCCUGUUGACACAACAGUCGAGAUAUCAAUGCCAAGUAGUUCUUUUGUUGACGCACAAGUCACGCCAUCAAUGUCAAGUAAUUAUCCUGUUGACACAAGAGUCGAGAUAUCAACGCCAAGCAGUUCUCCUGUUGACACAACAGUUGCGACAUCAAUGUCAAGUAGUUCUCCUGUUGACACAACAGUCAAGACAUUCAUGUCAAGUAGUUAUCCUCUUGACGCACAAGUCACGACAUCAAUGUCAAGUAAUUAUCCUGUUGACACAAGAGUCGAGAUAUCAAUGCCAAGUAGUUCUCCUGUUGACACAACAGUCACGACAUCCAUGUCAAGUAGUUAUCCUGUUGACACAACAGUUGCGACAUCAAUGCCAAGUAGUUCUUUUGUUGACGCACAAGUCACGCCAUCAAUGUCAAGUAAUUAUCCUGUUGACACAAGAGUCGAGAUAUCAACGCCAAGCAGUUCUCCUGUUGACACAACAGUCACGACAUCCAUGUCAAGAAGUUCUCCUGUUGACACAACACUCAAGACAUCAAUGCCAAAUAGUUAUCCUCUUGACACAACAGUCAUGACACCAGUACCAAGUAGUUCUCCUGUUGACGAAUCAGUCGCCACAUCAAUGCCAAGUAGUUCUUCUGCUGAAGUUCAAGUUCAAGAAGCUGCAUCACCACUGACCAUGACAUUAUCAAUAUCUUCAGCUCCGAUACCGUCAUCAAUGCUCCCCGGUGUAAAAUCAACUACUCAAACAGCGUUGCCACCUCUAACGGCAUCAGAUGAUCAAAAGCUUACACUAUCAACCCCUUUGGCUUCAUCAUUAUCUGCUUCGUCCAAAGUCGUGCUUACUACGCUGAACGAAGAGAUGAUGUCAUCAUCAACAACAUCUGCGUUCUCACCAUCAACAUCAGUCUCACCUCCAUCCACAUCUAUGGUGGUCGCGUCAACAAUUGCCCCGUCGCCUUUCCACUCCCUAUUAUAUAGCCUGUCAGUCACUACAGUUUCGACUCCGGUCUCCAAAAGUACCUUACUCUUGGAUGAUGCUUUGACCUUAUCAAGAAUAACGACAUUAUUAAUGACAUCGUCAAAACUAAUGACAGGCAAGCUCUCAGCGACUGAAGUAACACUGUCAAGCACUGGAGAAGCAUUAUUAUCAAUUGAAACUUUGUCGAUUUCUCUUUCGAGUGGAACAACCGAGGUCACACAGCGGGUGUCGCCUUCAUCGGAUAUAGGAUCAUCAAGCACCUCAUUCUCAUCUGUAACAGCAGAAAGUUUAUCUGGGUCAACACUGACGAUGCGUGUCUCGUCUGUCGUCACAUCAACGCUAUCAAGCCCCUUGGUCUCGACAACGACUAGUUUAGGACUAGAUACGUCAAAACAAGGUGCUACAUUUUCAUUGCCAUCGUCGUUAUCAUCUUCAUCAUUAACAGCAAUUCUUGAACCAGCUGAACCAUCUGCAUCAAAAUUUAACACGUUGACGACAGCAUUUAAACCUUCAUCAGCUUUAACUGUAUUUGUACAUGCGUCUUCCUUGUCGCCGUCAUCGAGUUUACUAGCCAUAACAACAUCAUUUCAUCAGUCAAUCUCUCUAAAUUUAACAUCAUCUUCAGCUUCUACAACUUCAACAAGGCAAUUAAGUUUGUCUGGAAUAACCUCCGCUAUUAUGGAGAUCAAUCCAACGCAGUUCAGGACAGCGCAUUUAACUGCGUCAGAGAGUACCCCUGAGAUGUCUACAGGGACAAAUUAUCUGCAGCCCAGCCCAUCUCUGUCAAGAGUUAUAAAAGAGUCUUCACCCAUGAUGAUAUCAUCAUCACAAUCUACGCCAGCUCCUGGGACUCUUGCGUCAUCACUAAUCAUAACAUCGAGUGCAACAACGUCAUCACUGCCAACAACAAUGACGUCAUCCAGCUUGCCAUCAACGUCAUCAAUGAGGACCACAACGGUCUUGACGUCAGCGUCAUCAUCUGAAAGUGUUCCAUCCUCUGGGUCAUCAGCUACCCUCAUCAUAGACCAGUUGUCAUCUGCAUCAUCUAGUCGUUUCAGUGAUGUAGCGGUGACACUAUCUACAGACUAUCGACGUCCAUCAACGGCAUUAACGGGUGGUUCAACUGAUACUGCGUCAAGUUUGUUAUCGUCAGUGAGUCUGGAAGGGACAGCAACACGAAGCUCCAAUUUGCGCGACCAAUCAUCAAUGAUGUUGGAGACGCCAAUAACUGAGAAAACAGCAUCUCCGACAACUAUUAUAUCAGCAUUUAGUCGAACGACUUCCUUGGAAGAGACUCAAGGAUCAAUCAUCGGGCCAACGGCAAAUUCCUUGUUGUCCUCUAUGCCAAUAGAAAUAUUAACAUUGGAAGAAUCAGCUACAGAAUUAUCGACAGUAGUAAAAACAAUAUCAACAACAAAAUUACAACCAGUAGCAACAACAACAAUAUUACAACCAGUAGCAACAACAACAAUAUUAGUGGAAGCAGCUACAGCAACAAUAACAACAACAACAACUGCAGAAGCUACAACAGCAAGAGCUUUAGAAAGUACAGCAACAGCACCAACAGAGUUAGCAGCGACAUCAACAGUGAUGUUAUCAACAGAAACACCUCUCAUGUCGGCAACAUCCGUACAAGUGGAAGCCUCAGUGAGUGAAACAGAAGCAACAAAGACAGCAACAAUAACAACAACAACAGCAACGGUGAUUGUGUUGCCAUCACAACAAGGAAUAACAGUAUCAGUUGAAUCAACUACUUCAUCGCUUGUAACGUACGCAACGUUUACGACAUCACCACUUACAACAUCUGCAACGAUGUCAUAUACAACUAAGGAAACUUUCUCCGCUUUAUCUGAAACAUCCAAACCUUUGACAAUUGCAUCGCCACAAUCUUCUUUGACAUCAGUAUUGACAGAUUCUGAUUUGCCUACAACGAGCAAAAGUACAGCAACCUCAAUUGGACAGGAAACAUCAUUCUCUGUUUUGAAUAUUUCACCGAUUGUCCCUUCUUCAUCAACUUCAACACUUCUAUCGACCUCCGUUGCACCGACAACAGGACCAACAUACACAGAAACAAAUGUAUAUUCAGGAAACCUGCGCAUUAAGGAGGAAUGGGACGACAAUCUUGCUCUCUCAUUCACCCCUGAAUUCAAAGCCAAGAAAACAGAAGUAGAGAGCGACCUUGAUAAAGUAUUUUCAACCAGUCUUGAAGACUAUAUCUCUGUGGAAGUCACAAAAUUUUACGAAGGAAGUAUAGGAGUCAAUUUUGACGUCCACACCCAAAAAUCACCAAACGUGUCAGCAUUUGCUAUCGAGAAGUCGAUCCGUCAGGCAAAUAGCAGCGGAACGCUUGGGUUUAACGUCCUGGAUGUCAGAGUGGCUGAGAAGCAGAUUCCAAGUACUAAGGCCGCUCAAAAUGACGGUCUCAAGGAUUGGGAGAUAGCGGUGAUUGUGGCGUGUGUGGUCGUGUUCGUGAUGGCUGUUGUCAUCAUAGCCCUUUUGUGCUACGCCAAGCGACUGAAGAAGAGAAAGCAGAAGUACGACCUUUGGAAGGACGACAAUGUGUUCUACGUGGGAGGUCGAGUGUUUGUCAGCUCGUCUAACGGAGAGCUACAUGAGCUUCAGCCUGUUAACUCCCACAAGGGGCGAGCGAUGCCAGAGAACUUGUAUCGCGUGGGCAUGGAGCAGGCUCAUGCUAAUGGUGCAUACGCAAACUCCAAUCCCGAAGGGCUGAUACAGUGACCAUGUGAUCGAUUAUGGUAACCACGUGACCAAGUAAGUGUGGCGAAGCUGCUGACCGGAAGUGAUGUAAUCGCCAGAUGACGAUAUGAAGAAAAGAGAGGCAACAGGCUCGAGCUCGUUCAAUCAUGCCAUCAUAACAACGAUGCAGGGGCCGGAUUCAAUAAGAAAAUGUGUUAAGCACUUUGAACAAUACAAGGAAACGUAUAUUUACCAUUUUCGUGUAAUUAGUAUAUUCACUUUGUGAAGCUAAAAGCGUUGUUGGAGAAUUCACGAAUGCUUCCGAACAAAUGGAAUUAUUAUAUAAAUAUACCUUCCAUUCUUUGUGAAGGGUAGAAAUACUAGCACUGAUUUCAGAUAGUGUUAUCUUGAAAUAAUCAUAUAAAACAAAGUUUUAUAAAUAGCAAAUUUAUGUAUGCAAUUAGUUGAAAGAUAUCGCAAAAGCUAAGCUGAUAAAAUUGAUGACAGGGGCUAACAUCGCCGAAAUUAUCCCACAUGCCUUCGAUUGGCAGACAUUUAUUGUCUCAUACGGAAGAUGUGGGCAUAAAAUUUCAGGGGUUCCCGAAAUAACCAUUAAAAAAAUCGAAAUUGUUUUCGUCAUGUCUUCUUUUCAUGAACUUGAAACUGAAAGAUACUAAACAAGCAAGAAGAACGGCUAUUCGUUUUAUUAAAAGAUUUCUGACACGAGCCCCCUUUAAAAAACCUUUAAAAAAUGGCAUGAGACAUUGAGCCAAAUCAUGAAAAUAUAUAAAAAAGAUGGCUAGUAACUAAUAGCCUGUAGCCCAGGCAAACAUUUAUAGCACAAUAAGGAAUAUGUGAGCGGUAACGAUUAGGACUAAAAAAUCAUGCAAAACUAUAUUUUAUUCGCAUGUCACGUAUGCUAAAACCUCAUUGGAAAUAUUCUUUUCCGAUGGUCCAUUAAUCAAUUCACCAUAGGUAAUCUAGUUGAUCACCUUUUAAAUUUAUUAACGGUUUGUACCUACUUUUGUGUCUUUGAUGGAGUGGAUGUUGUUUCAUAAUAAAUUAGAGAUCAACACGGA